AAAUAAGUGCAUAAAGGAGGCAUUGAGAAGGGGUCUUCCCAAACGGCUCUGAGACUUGUGGUAGCUGGCUGCACUGCAGAAAAGAGCAGCGAAAGGAGACAGAGUGGAGAAGUGAAGGUGAGGAUAGGCGGAGAGAGGAGAUGAGUGUGCUUUAUAGAGACAGAAAACGAGGGCAGUGUGGUAACACAAGGGGGUGCUAAGAUUUGGGUUACAGUGCGUUGCAGAGAUGCAGAAAGGACAGUAGGACUACCACUGCAGCACAGCAUUGCACAGCAUUGACUAAAUAAGAGAGGGGGAAAGGGAUAAAGCACCCUCACCAUGCAAGGCGUGCUUCCCUCAGGCAUGCUGGAUCCAGGACCAGGUGAGCCACAACUAGGCUCUACCACCUUCAACCUACUAGAUCCCGGCACUACCUUCUGAGCUGAGAGGCCUUCAUGUCUUGGGAGUGUGCAAGACAACAGGAGUUAAGGAGGAGGGAAAGAAAGGGAGAGGGAGGAGACACCAGAGAAGGAGGAGGCCAGGGUGCUGUAUUUUUGGAUGAGCGAGCUCCUGAAUUAAGAGCUGGUGAAAUAAAGAUGUAGUGUGAGCAGGAAGCAGAACAAGGAGCGUGCUGUGCUGCAGUGGCGAGGAGUGGAGUAAACGCCGGGUGAACACACAGACACACACACACCCACUCGCAUAUUCAGCAAGACUCUGCCUGGACAGAGAGAACCCACCGUUGCCGCCGCAGGGCUUGGAAGAUGCCCUCUCGCUGUGGAACAGCGGUGCGGAUCUUCACCACCACUUUAUUUGCAGCUGUGGUGCUCUUUGCCAUUCUACUGGCCUACGUGACUGGCUACCAGUUCAUCCAUACUGAGCAGCACCACCUCUCCUUUGGCCUGUAUGGCGCCAUCCUGUCACUACAUCUGCUGCUGCAGAGCCUCUUUGCUUACUUGGAACACCGGCACAUGCGAGCACCUUCACGGCCUCAGCACUUGCGCUGCACUGUUGCCCUGUGCAUCGCGGCCUACCAGGAGGACCCAGACUACCUCCGCAAAUGCCUGCGCAGUAUACGCCGCAUCUCCUUCCCCAGUCUAAAAGUGGUGCUUGUUGUAGAUGGUAAUCGGUCUGAGGAUGCCUAUAUGAUGGAUAUCUUCCGGGAAGUAAUGGGGGGAACAGAGCAGACAGGAUGUAUGGUAUGGAAGGGAAACUACCAUAGCAAUGGGGCAGGAGGUGCAGGUACAAGCUCAGUGAAUAUGGAUGAGGCUAUUCGUGUGGCCCGGAUAGUGCGCAACUGCCGCUACUCCUGCAUCAUGCAAGAAUGGGGUGGCAAAAGGGAAGUGAUGUAUACGGCUUUCAAAGCACUUGGGAACACUGUGGAUUAUGUGCAGGUAUGUGAUUCAGACACAGUUCUGGAUCCAGCCUGCACAAUUGAGCUGUUGAAGGUUCUGGAGGAGGACCCAAAGGUGGGCGGAGUAGGGGGAGAUGUACAGAUCCUGAACAAAUAUGACUCCUGGAUAUCUUUUCUGAGCAGUGUCAGAUACUGGAUGGCCUUCAACGUGGAGCGUGCCUGUCAGUCGUACUUUGGCUGCGUUCAGUGUAUCAGUGGGCCUCUGGGCAUGUACCGCAACUCCCUACUCCAGCAGUUCUUGGAGCCCUGGUACCACCAAACCUUUCUGGGCAGCAAAUGUAGCUUUGGUGAUGACCGGCACCUUACCAAUCGAGUCCUCAGCUUUGGCUACAAGACUAAGUUUACUGCACGUUCACAAUGCCAGACUGAGACACCUACUCACUACCUCCGCUGGCUCAAUCAGCAGACCCGCUGGAGCAAGUCGUACUUUCGGGAGUGGCUCUACAAUGCUCUAUGGUUCCACAAACACAGCCUCUGGAUGACCUAUGAGUCUGUGGUCACUGGAUUCUUCCCCUUUUUCCUGGUGGCUACAGUGAUCCACUUGUUCUACCGUGGACGACUGUGGAACAUCCUGCUAUUCCUCCUUACAGUUCAGCUGGUGGGAAUGGUUAAGGCCACAUAUGCCUGUUUCCUAAGAGGCAGUCUGGUCAUGAUUUUUAUGUCCCUAUAUUCUCUGCUGUACAUGUCUAGCCUCUUGCCAGCGAAGAUCUUUGCCCUGUUGACUAUCAAUAAAGCAGGCUGGGGCACAUCUGGGAGGAAGAAGAUUGUGGUGAAUUUAAUUGGGGCAGUACCUGUAACUGUUUGGGCACUUCUUUUGCUUGGUGGAGUAGCUUACACCAUUUACUGUGAGACACAGGAACCAUUUAGUGAAACUGAGAAGGUCCUGCUUAUUAGCGGGGGCAUCCUCUACGCCUGCUACUGGCUUAUACUUCUGGUGCUUUACUUGGCUAUAGUGGCUAAGCGCUGUAACAAGAGGGAGGAGCAGUACCACCUGCCCUAUGUUGAGGCCUGAAAUGCCUUAAUAGUAAUGCUGUAUUAACUUUAUGGG